AUGAACCAACAGCCCUGGAGACAGAGACACGCACCUGGGGAACCGAACGACCCCAUCACGGUAUACACCAAUGGGUCCUGCCUGAACAGUGGACAGGAGGAUGCCCGAGCUGGAAGCGGAAUCUGGUAUGGUCCAGACGACGAACGAAACACCAGUCUCCGGGUCCCGAGCGAGUUUGCUCAGACUAACCAGACUGGUGAGCUCCUUGCCGUGUGGCACGCUGUAAAGAGCGCCCCCACCACGGCACCCCUACAUAUCAUAUCUGACUCGCUAUACGUGAUAAACGGACUCACGACAAACCUUGAAAGAUGGGAAGCGAAAGGCUGGAUAGGGGUCGCGAACCGAAAACUAUUUCAAGCCACCGUUGGGCUGCUCCGAAGAAGGGGAAAUGAAACAACAUUCCAAUGGGUAAAAGGCCACACCGGCGUCGCAGGCAACGAAGGCGCUGAUCGGCUGGCCGACGCAGGGGCACGCUUACCAGAAACAAAUAGAACAGACAUUGUGAUCCCUAGACGAUUCAACCUUAGUGGCGCGCUGUUAACAUCUGCGAGUCAGUCACUCCUCACGAAAGGUAUCAAAGAGAAGAAAUGUCUGCCGCUACGCACGGCCGACACAGUAAACCUAGACAAGACACGCUGGGCCGUUAAAGAGUGCCUAGACGGCGGCUUUCCCACAGAUGCGUUGCUCUGGAAGUCGUUAGACAGCAAAGACUUCACGAAGAAGGUACGCGUCUUCCUAUGGAAACUGAUGCAUGACGGAUACAAAGUGGGAAGAUUCUGGAGAAACAUACCAAAUUACGAACAACGGGGUAUCUGCCCCGUAUGCGAGGAUGAAUACGAGUCGCUCGAACACAUUCUAAUUGAAUGCCAGACCCCAGAACGAGAACUUGUAUGGGAUCUUGCCAAAGAGUUAUUUAGUAAGAAGGGUCUCCGGUGGCCAGAACUGCGUUUCGGCACCAUACUCGGCUGUGGACAUAGCAAUUUCAAAGAUAGCGAAGGGAGACGACGCACAGGAGCAAACCGGCUGUAUAAAAUACUCAUCUCAGAGUCGGCACACUUCAUAUGGGCGCUCCGCUGUGAAAGGCGAAUCACGAAGGAGGACGACGCACCCGCAUACAGUGAAGACGAAGUCCGAAACAAGUGGAUACAUAGAAUAAACACGCGCCUUACUCUGGAUAGAUACACAACAGACCGCAAGAGGUACAAGUCAAAGGCCGUGAGACCAGAAACCGUCCUCAAGACAUGGGGCGGAACUCUCAGCGAUGAGGCGAACCUGCCGGAUGACUGGACCCGGCAGUCUGGGGUUUUAGUGGGUACUCGAGCCAGGCGCCCACCUGGCCGAAACCGCUGA